AUGGCAGGCCCCAGAGUGUUCUUUACCGGCGUCACCGGCUACAUCGGCGGUACCGUAUUCCAAACCCUGCUCACCUCCUCCAACCCCCCCUCCCAGAUAACCCCCCUCAUCCGCUCUCCAGAGAAAGCAUCCCUCCUCACCUCAUCCCCUGCUAUCGCCUCCAUAGUCCCAUCCUCCACCACCCUCACCCCCCUCAUCGGCUCCCUCUCCGAGCUCGACAAACUCCGCGACAGCUCUGCCGAAGCCGAUGUGGUGGUGAACUGUGCCGACUUUGAUGAUCUGCCUGGCAUGAAGGCGAUGCUGGAGGGGCAGAAGAAGAGGUUUGAAAAGACUGGGGAGAAGGGGAUCUUUAUCCAUACGAGCGGGACUGGUGCGCUUUACGACGACGCGCGGGGCGAUUACCCUGGUAAAACUAUCUACACCGACCUCGACCCUUCCUCCGACCCAUCCACCCACCCCUCUAUCAGCACACUGGACGCUACAGCCCCACACAGGGACGUCGACUGGGCGCUGCUCGAUGCUGACGCCGAAGGCUACGUCAAAGCCUACAUCGUCUACCCCUCCGGCGUCUGGGGAUUCGGUCAAGGACCUGUUUUUGAGGAGGAACUGUCUUAUCUGGUUUCGAGCCAGACGAAGACGAUUACGCGGAUCGCGUUGGACAGAGGGAGAGUGGGCGUUUGUGGUACUGGCGCGAAUAUCUGGAACCACAUCAACAUCACCGACCUCGGCACCCUCUACGCCCUCGUCUACUCCAAAUCCACCUCUUCCCCUCCUUCCCUCCCGCACGGCCGCCAAGCCUGCUUCUUCGGCGCGGCCGGCGAAUACACCCUCCUCUUCGCCUCGCAAGCCGUCGGCAAAGCCCUCAAAAAGUACGGCAUUUUGCCCGAUGCGGAUCCCGAGCCGGAGCAGCUGGGAGAGGAGGAGGUGGUGGAGAGGUUUGGGGGGUGGUGGUGUGCGAAGAAUACGAGGGGGGUGGCGGAGAAUAGUAAGAGCAUUGGGUGGACGGCGGUUGAUAGUAAGCAGGAGACGUUUUUGGAGCAUAUUGAGGGGUUGGUCAAGUGGUAUGCGAAGCAGCAGGGGUAUCCUGUGAAAGAGUAAUGGAAAGGACGAGAAGGGGAGUUUGUCCAAAGAAGACUUUUAUGGCAUAAGCAUCAAACGCAUGUAUCGAUGAACGUCUUAGGA